GCAAUUUAGCAAGUUCUUGUCUUAUGGAAAAACCAAAAACGUCACGCUGUUUUGUCCCACAAACUGAAAACGGAAAGUAAUUAUUUACUUAGGGUAUAUAUACGCGACUUGUUAAUUUAGUAGAAAUUUCAAGGCUGUUCUCGUUAAAAGUCAUCGGCGAUUGCUUCUCAUUUGUCAUCGCCGCCGUUGAACUCUCUCGCCGGCGAUAAUGAUCUACGUUGGUGGAGUGCCAGUUCGAGAUGAGAAUAGCUCAUCUUCCUUGUCUUCUUCAUCUCAGAGAAGUAGCUUGCUUCUUGAUGUAAUGAGUCAUCCUGUGAUAACGUUAGCUUCUGAUUCUUUUAAGAAUCUUGAGGAAAAGAAUGUUUCUUUUGAUGAAAGUGAUUCAGAGAGCUCAACAAAAGACAGAUAUGUUUACAUAUUCCAAAGAGAAUUUGCUGUUGUGAAUCCAGCUCUCGUUGAUUUUGUUGGCACCGAUGAAGCAACAACUUGCGUAGGGCUUGUUAUCCGCAACAGAAAAUCUGGAAUGACGUCUGUUGCGCAUAUGGAUUCGCCAGAGAUUGUGGAUUUGGGGAUAAGCCAGAUGUUAUCAUUGGUUUUAGAGGAUGACGUAGAUGCCGAGUUAGAUGUACAUAUGGUUGGUGGUUAUGAAGAUGUAGACAUAAAAAAUGCUGAUGGUAGUGGUGGUGACUAUGCCAAACCAGAGGGUUACUCAUUUCCUUUGUGUUGCAAAUUAGUAGAAACCUUGCAGAAGAGAAGAGAAAACUUUCACAUUCAAACCCUCUUUAUUCUUGGGCACAAUACCAAGUUGGAUGCACAAGCGAACACGUGCCCCAUUUUUAAUGGAUGCCUGGUGAAUACCUCCACCGGUGCAAUUUUCCCAGCCAGUUUCGACAGAACAUCUAGAUGUCCGGAUGAGAUUGUUAGAAGAAUUCGAGUUUCAUCAUCAUUUUUAGAUUCUAGCUGGAAGGGAAAGUUACUCGACACAUAUGACACAAAAACUGAUAGAUUCAUCAUUGCACCAUGCCGCUGGACAAUGCGCUUGGUUGAAUAUGUUUGGGAACUUAAUCAGCUUACUGAUGAAGAAAUCCUCAUAAAUUGUUCUACGUCACCUUCUGCUGAAGGUCCAGACUUCGUAGACAAUUCAAGAAGGAUUUGGGAGUAUUUACUAAAACAUCCAGAUUGGAGCAAAACCUUCCCAAAAAGACAACCACGCGUGUUUGAAAGGACUGUCGAUGGACACUGGAAAAGAUGCUGACUUUCUCUCCCUACCCAUCAUGACCAUUAUCCAGAAAUCUGGCUAAACGCAACGGUUAUUGUAUGUAUCUACAUUUUGAGUAAAUUACUCGGACUUGUUUGCACUUGGAUCGAUUGUAUGAAAAUAUGAAGAUACCUAUUGGGCCCAAUCGGGUCCGGUAGGCCUAUAUGUUGCGGCCCAUGGUUUAGACA